AUGGCACGUGAUUCUUCAGAAAUUCAAGAUGAUUCUUCUAAAGAUGAAGCAACUGGUUCAGCAUCCUCCAUUACAUCUCUGUUGUGUGAUCACACAUUGACUGGGGCCUUGGACUUGAGGUCUGUAUCCACAGAAAGUGAUUUUCAGACUUUUUCUACACUAUCCUUGAUAAGAAGAACUUGUCACACAUUUUGCGUUUCUGGACCAGAUGAAGAUAAUGAUUUUCGAUCUAUGACCUUUCCUAGGAAACUCUGGAAAAUAGUUGAAAGUGAUCAAUUUCAGUCAAUUUGUUGGGAUGGGAAUGGAACUUGUAUAGUGAUUAACGAAGAACUCUUUAAGAAAGAAGUUCUGGAAAGAAAGGCCCCUUUCAGAGUAUUUGAAACUACAAGUAUGAAAAGUUUAGUUCGACAGCUUAAUCUUUAUGGAUUUAGUAAAGUGCAACAGACUUUUCGAAGAUUUGCUCGUCUAGCAGAUAUUCUGGCAGAAGAGGAAGAAGUCUCUAUUUUAAGCAAGUUACACUUCUAUCAAAAUCCAAAUUUUAAACGAGGCUGUCCUCAACUUUUACGCAGAAUGAAAAGAAGAGUUGGGAUCAAAAAUGCUUCUCCAGCAGCUUCAAAAGCUCAAAAUUUCAACAAGGAGCUCUGUGGAACAGAGACUAUUAUUGGUAAUCAUCAUUCUGCUUUUGUUGCUGAUACACGUGGAGAAAGAAUAGAUCCAACUUCCAUAAAUUUAAACACGCCACCAAUGAGCAAGCCUGCUACCAGCCAGACAAUCGCUAAUACAACUGCUCCAACCAGAAGUGAAUUUUGUCCUCCAUCAUCGACUUUAGAUAGAUCAUCAGAACAAACUGUAAUGGACCAACGAGCUGUUUUGAAUCAGAUGACCACAUUUCAAAUGCGCUCACCUGGCAGCUACACUCAAGCAAAUGGCCACAUCGUGAAUUUUAUUACAAGCACAACUUCUACUUCUCACUAUAUCGUAUCUCCCUUACAGAGAAGUUCUUUUGGAAGGAUGCAGCCUUCUACUUUUCCAACUAGAUAUCCUGAUUUAUCAGUCAAUGACAGUCCUUUUUCCAACUUGCAACCAGCAGGCAUCUCAUGCUUCCCCAUGCCAACGAUAGCUGAUACAUCUGCUGCCACUCUUUCAAUGUCACCUCGCCAACCAUCUGUCAGGCGAACGCAUCACCCUAAUUACAGGUGA